AUGACAAUGUCAUUAAGACUAUCAUCAUUGUCAUCAUUAACAUUUGGCCAAUAUUCGAUUUGUUAUUCACGUUUACUUGUUCGUCAUCAUUGGCUCGUACUUGGUUUUGUUGUUUUUAUUUCAAUUAUAUUAACAAUAGCUGGUUUUGCUUUUACACAAUUACCAGAUUUUUCUGAUCCGAGAAUAGGAUGGGGUGCACGUGGAAAAGGUACAAUUUUUUCUCAAUUAAUGGUUUUACGACAUGCAUCAGAAAAAUUUCGUCUUGCUUAUGAAUUACCAUUAGAAACAAAUGAAUUAUUUGGUGCAUUUAAUCAAUUUUCUAAUGUAACUGUUGAUGAUCUUGAUGAAAAUUCUUAUCGGUUUGAUAUACUUGCUAAAUAUGAUUUAUGGAGAAAGAAAAAUUCCCUUAAACAAUAUGAUGAAUUAAUUGAUUAUAAAACUUUAAAUGAUUAUUUUUAUGACAAUGAUCAUGAUGAUAAUGAAACACCAGAUUAUGAUGAAGAUAAUUCUCAAACAUCAUUACUUUAUCAAUGGCAUCGUGAUAGACAUUUUGAUGUUAGAAAUUCAAUUAUAAAAUAUGUUGAUGAUAAAAUGAUUAAUAUAACUGUAUUAGAAUUUGUUAAAAAUUUACCACAAUUUAAUCGAAGUAAUUAUCAAUCAGCUAGAUUACCUUUUGAUCUUUUUCGGCCAUAUGCAUAUCUACUUGAAGAAAAAUAUCGUGGACGAACAGGUCGUGAUGGUAUGAUUGAAUUUUAUAUUGAACGUACAAAAUCAACAGAUGAUUUACUUUCUCUUGAACAUUUACAAUCAAUUUGUCAAUGGGAAAAAAAAUUUAAACAUCUUCUUUUACUUGAUAAUACACCUAGUCUUUCAUUAGCAACAUUUGUUGCUUUAUAUUCAUCAAAAAAUGAUUGUCAAUUAAUAACAUCUAUAGAUGUUCAACGUUUUCGUUCAAUAAUUCAUACAUGUUUACCAUAUUAUUUAAAUGGUUAUAUGGAUAUACCAUUAAGUGAUAUAUUUCUUAAUCGUGUUAUAUUAGAACAUCAACCAGGUCAUUUUAGUCAUCAAGAACAAGUUAAAACUGUUUAUACAGCAUUACGUCAUACAUGUUUUUAUAAAAAUAUAACACGUUUUAUAUUUGAUCAUUUUAUGGAUAAAAAAUUUAUAAAUGAUUUUCAACAAUCAAAAAAUCAUGCAAAAGUAUCAUUAUCAAUGAUAUUUAUAUCAAAUUAUAAAAGUAUAAAAUAUAAUCAUACACGUGAUCAAAUUAUGUGUUUAAGACGACAACCAUAUUCAAGAAAAUAUUGUCAAGAACGUGGUUGUAUGAAUGAUUUUAAAAAUAAUUAUUUAUCAAAAUCAUGUUCAAAUCAAAAUUUAACAAUAAAUGAUUGUCAUAAAUAUUGUCAAUGUAAAUAUCAAUGUCCACAUGAAAUUGAACAAAUUGCUUUAAUGAUACCAAUAUAUAAAGGACAAGAAUUAGUUGAUUUCUUUGAACAAUAUUUUGCUGGUAAAAGACAAUUACCAACAUAUCAAGAUAAAUUUAUUAAACUAAUUGCUUUAAAUUUUGCUAAUAUUCGAGAACGAGCUGCUAUGGCAAGAAUAUCUGAAGAUAUGCUUCUUGUUUUAAUUGCAACAGCAUUGAUUAUUGGCAUAACAGUACUUUAUUUACGAAGUGUUUCAAUAGCUUUAAUUAUUGUUGUUGGGGCAGCUUUAUCAAUUGGUGUAAGCUUUUUUAUUUAUCGUGUUGUUUAUCGCAUACCUAUAUUUCCAUUUAUGAAUCUAAUGUCGGCAUUUAUAUUAAUUGGUAUUGGAUGUGAUGAUAUAUUUGUAUUUUUUGAUACAUGGGAUCAAGAAAAAGUUGAAUGGUUAAGAAAAUAUCAAGAGAGACAACAACUUGAUGUAAAUAUUCCAUUAAAUGAAACAAAUGAUGAAAAACAAAUAAAAAGAAGUAAAUUAAAAAUACCAUCAAAUGCAUUUCAAACGCGUCAUAGAUUAUCUUUAUUCAAUGAUCCAGAAGAAAUGAGAAGACUAUUAUUAAGUGAAGAAGCAUUAACUGAAAUAAUGGCUAAAACAUUAAAACAUGCUGCAUCAUCUAUGUUUGUUACAUCGUUUACAACAUCAGCUGCUUUUUUUACAAAUAUGUUAACAAAUAUUUCAUUUGUACAAGUUUUUGGAGUUUUUACUGGAACUUGUAUUUUACUUUAUUUUGUUAUUACAGUUACAGCUAUUGCAGCUUUUGCUAUCAUUUAUGAAAAAUAUAUACAAAAUAUAGUAUCUCGUUUACUUUCAAUACGUCUUACAAAUGUUGUUGAUACAUCAUCAAGUGGUUCAUCAGCAAAAUUAUGUCGUCGUCUGGCAACUAUUUGUCGAGAUAUUCGAAAUUAUAUUUUUGGUCAUUUUAUGUCACUCAUUAUAAUUAAUUUACGUUAUAUAUUAGUCUUACUCUUUUUACCUAUGGGUGUCUUAGGUCUUGUUGGUGUUUUUCAUUAUCCAAAAUUACAAGUACCAUCAACACAAAAAGUUGCAUUCUUUUUAAAAGAUAAUCCAAUGGAAAUCUAUGAAUUUUCCAUGAAAAAUACUUUUAAUGGUUAUUCAAAAGAAGAAAAACGUUUAUUUGCAUAUCCAGCUGUAUCAUUUAUAUUUGGUAUACGUGAUAUUGAUGAUGGUUAUAUAUUUGAUAUGAAUGAUCGUGGUCAUCUUCAUUUAAUGCCUAUUCAUUUGGAACGUCAAAUAACAUUAGAUUUUUUUAAAAAUUUUAUAUCACAUUUAGGAACAAGAGCAGAUUUAUUUGGUUCAAACUAUGAUUUGGAGAAAGAUUUUGAAACAUUUUAUCAACUCACAACAGAAGAUAUUUUAAUAGCAAAAAUAGCUGAUGAUUCUGCUAAAAAAAAUUUAACUCAUACUAAUAAUUUAGAUAUGAUUAAAUAUAUAGCAAAAACAAAUAUAAGUUUAAUACAAAAUUUAGUUCGUGAUACAGUACGUACAAUUGAUUAUAAAAUUGAAAAUGAUCAAUCUGAUGAUGAUGAUUAUAUUGAUAUUAAAUCAAAUAAAAUUAAUAUAACUUUAAAUAAAAUUAGUAGAAAACAAUUAAGUAAUUUAACAAAUCCAAUUAUUAUUUAUUCAAAUUAUAGAAAAUUAUUUAAUAAAACUUUACAAAAAUAUUAUAAAGAACAGAUAAAACAUAGUUAUGAUAUAAAUGAAAUUCGUAAUUCAUUAAAUGAAACAAUACGUGAUAAACUUACUGAAGAUUAUCAUCGUUCAGCAUUAAAAACAGCUAUGCAAUGUUUAACUGGUGUAGCUGGUGCUAAUAAUGUACCAGAAGAUUUUUGUGAACGGCAACUCAACAAACAACGUUCUGUGAAUUGGGCAGUUUUACCUGAUAAACCAUCACCAAUCGAUGGAAGUGUUCGACCAUUUGCUGUUAUUAUUACUAUUCGAGGUGCACUUAAUCAGACUGAUUAUGAUUCAUACAAUACAUAUUAUUUCAAAGUGAAAAAUUUCUUUGAUCCAUAUAUAAAACAACAUGCACCAAAACAUUUACAGCAUGCAUGGUUUUCUUCUCCGGGCUUUGCAUUUUAUGGUGUUCAACGUGAAUUACUUGUUGGUUCUUAUUCAUCUUUAAUUGCAUCACUUGGAAUUGCUUUACUUGUACUUUUUCUUACAUCAGGCAAUUUAUUUAUUGCAGUUUAUGCUUUGAUUACAAUUACUUUUGCUAUUGCUGUUAGUGUUGCAAUAUUUGCUGCAUUAAAAUGGGAAUUAGGAAUAGUUGAAGCUAUUAUUGUUAUUAUGUCUGUGGGUCUUUCAGUAGAUUUUGUUGUUCAUUUUGGUGUUGGUUAUAUUCAUACAGAUUCAACAGAUAUUGAUCAUGAACGAAAAAAAAUAAAACAACGUUAUUUAUCAUCAAUAUCAAUGCCAAUAGAAUCUCCUAAUAAUAUUGAUAUACGACCUUCUCGUAAAAUGAGUACUUAUCAUUUAAUAUAUAAACAACAACAAAUUGAACGUGAAACACGUGUAACAGAAUCAAUAUCUCGUGUUGGUUCAGCUGUAUUUAUGGCUGCAUUUACAACAUUUGCAGCUGGAUUUUCAAUGACAUUAUCAUCACUUACCGCAUUUCGACAAAUGGGACAAUUUUUAAUGACAAUUAUGUUUACAUCAUGGGUAUUUUCAAUGUUUUUCUUUUUACCAUUAUGUGCUAUAAUUGGUCCUGUUGGUAAAUGUGGCUCGAUACCAUUUACUCGAAUUGGUGAAUAUUUUAAACGGUGUUUAUUAUUUCGUUGUCAACGUCACAAUUCAAACGACAUUAUAAAUGAAUAA